UACAAAAUCAACAACCAACCCACACCACCACUACUACCAUUCACUCUCUACCAAAACAAACACCCCAUACUAUUAACUUCUCAACUCGCUCCCUCCAACCCCAACUCACUCACUCAUUCAUUCACUCCCUCCAACUCGCUUCCAAAUCCGAAACCCUCUGUCUCUGAUUCCAUGGAGCUCAACAACUCACACUCUCAUUGCAACCCUCAUCACACUCCGUUGAUUCUCUAGAAAAAUCUCCACCGAAGAAGAAAAAAAAAAAAACCUUUUUCUCUGUUGACUUUUUCCCAUUUUUCGACGAAUCGGAUGGCUCGGCUUCAUUGGACUCUGUUCCCCUCCUCCUCACUCCUCCUCCUCCUCUGUCUCCUUCCUCUUCUCCACGCUAGCACCGGUGACUCUGAUCCGAUUUACAGGGCUUGCGUGGAACAGUGUGAGAAAACUGGAUGUGUGGGGAAAAAUUGCUUCCAACAUUGUAAAUUCUCAUCUGAUGGAAAAUCUAUUGAUGGUCCAUGGUAUCUGCAAGAACCACUUUAUCUGAGGUGGAAACAAUGGGACUGCCGCAGCGACUGUAGAUACAACUGCAUGCUAGCUAGGGAGGAAGAGAGAGAACAACUCGGUCAUAAGCCUAUCAAAUAUCACGGGAAAUGGCCAUUUCGGCGUGUUUAUGGGAUCCAGGAACCUGUUGCUGUUGCCCUGUCUGCCCUCAAUCUUUCUAUGCAAUUUCAUGGUUGGCUAUCCUUUUUCAUCCUCUUAUACUACAAGUUGCCUUUGAGGUCUGAUAAGAGGACAUAUUAUGAGUAUACUGGCUUGUGGCAUAUCUAUGGGAUUUUAUCAAUGAAUUCCUGGUUCUGGAGUGCUGUUUUUCACAGUCGAGAUGUGGAGUUGACAGAGAAGCUGGAUUAUUCAUCUGCUGUGGCCCUACUUGGGUUCAGCCUCAUUCUAUCAAUACUCCGAGCUUUUAAUGUGAGAGAUGAGGCUGCAAGAGUCAUGGUUGCUGCUCCACUGAUUGCAUUUGUGACAACACAUAUCUUGUAUCUGAACUUCUAUAAACUUGAUUACGGUUUGAAUAUGAAAGUGUGUGUGGCCAUGGGUGUGGUUAAGCUCCUUGUAUGGGCAAUCUGGGCUGGUAUCACUCGCCAUCCGUCCCGCUGGAAGUUAUGGUUUGUGGUUGUAGGGGGAGGCCUUGCUAUGCUGUUGGAGAUAUAUGACUUCCCACCCUACCAAGGAUUUGUUGAUGCUCAUGCUCUUUGGCAUGCAACCACCAUCCCUCUAUCAUAUUUGUGGUGGAGUUUUAUCAGGGAUGAUGCGGAGUUCAGGACAUUGAUUCUCCUCAAGAAGAUAAAAUAGUGAAUAUAAAUCUAAUGCUUGAGCGUUUCAGAUGGUCAAUUGCAUCAAUACAUGACAUGCUCACUCCUGUAAUUACAUCGAAACAUGUUCACUUUUUCCUACCGGGUAUGCAUUUCUUUGAAAUUGCUUACCAUGAUAGGUCUCCUUGUCUUGCACUUUGUUUUGUAACAUUCAAAUUGUUUCCAUAUAUUAAGUGGGAUACUUUUCUGUAUUGGAAUCCAAAUUUCCUCUU